AUGGGCGUCGCUCUGAUGCUGACGGCCAACGCGCGGUUCCGCGUCGUCACGGAGCGGACCGUGGUCGCCAUGCCGGAAGCUCGCAUCGGCUGGUGCGCAGGCGCUUCACAUUUCUUAUCAAAACUGAAUAAUCAUUUAGGCUUCUACAUGGCGCUGACCGGCAAACAGUUGAAGAGUAAAGACGUAAUAUUUUCUGGUGUAGCCACCCACUUUGUUCCAAGAGCUCGCUUGCAAGAGCUGGAACUGGAGCUAAUUCACUGGAAAGCUGACGAUAUAGAGACUAGUUUGAAUGCAUUCAGUGAGCCGCUAGAAGAAUUCUCAUUGUAUCCUUUUAUUAAAGAUAUAGACUACUGCUUUUCUGCUGAUACCGUUGAGGAAAUCAUCGAAAAACUUGAAAAAAUCGACAGUGAAUGGUCCAAAGAGGCUUUGGAGAUGAUGGCUUCGUUAUGCCCGACUAUGCUUAAGGUUAGCCUCCGGGCGCUACAAAUUGGUAAGUCUCUUGACCUGAAGUCGGGUCUUCGGAUGUUGUACCGGAUUUGGUACCGCAGUAUAGGUAGCUACAACGCACAGGAGGGGUUGAAGUCGAUCUCGGCGAGUGGCGCUGACCGGCCGCGCUGGCAGCCGGGGACGCUGGCUGACGUGACAGAUGCGAUGGUGGACUGGUACUUUGAACCUCUGCCGGACACAGAAGAACUUAGGUUUUACGAUGAUUAA